UCUUCACAUCAUUACACUUUCCAUUUCCUACCUCAUCACCCAGUAGACUUUGGUUUCGAAAUGGAGAGUUACUUAAACAGUUGGUGUGUAGUGUUUGUGUUGUUGGGUUUAGCGGUUAGUGUAACAAAAGCACAACAAGUUCCAUGUUACUUCAUUUUUGGUGACUCUUUGGUUGACAAUGGAAACAACAAUGGUCUUGUUUCUUUUGCAAGAGCCAAUUAUUUCCCUUACGGCAUCGAUUUUGGCGGCCCCACUGGCCGUUUCUCCAACGGAAGAACCACCGUUGACGAGAUCGCUGAGCUACUUGGAUUUAAUGACUACAUUCCUGCGUACAAUGCUGUGAGAGGUCGACAAAUACUCUCGGGAGUUAAUUACGCAUCAGCAGCUGCCGGAAUCCGAGAAGAAACCGGUCGACAAUUGGGACAAAGGAUAAGCUUUAGUGGACAAGUUAGGAACUACCAGAACACGGUUCAGCAGGUUGUGAGUCUGCUGGGAGGAGAGACUCAAGCAGCUGAUUACCUCAAAAAGUGCAUUUACUCUGUUGGUAUGGGAAGCAAUGACUACCUCAACAACUACUUCAUGCCUACGUUCUACUCUUCUAGCAGACAAUUCACACCAGAACAAUACGCUAGCGAUCUCAUCAGUCGCUACAGCACUCAGCUUACCGCACUAUACAACUAUGGGGCUAGGAAGUUUGCAUUGAUAGGAAUCGGCGCAAUCGGUUGUAGUCCUAACGCGCUCGCACGCAGUCGUGACAGUAGGACUUGCGACGAAAGAAUCAACUCAGCAAACCAAAUCUUCAACAGCAAGCUACGGUCUCUGGUUGAUCAGCUCAACAACAAUCACCCUGAUGCGAAGUUUACCUACAUCAAUGCUUAUGACGUUUUCCAGGACAUGAUUAAAAACCCAUCUAGAUUCGGGUUUAGGGUGACGAACGCUGGAUGUUGUGGCAUCGGUAGAAAUGCAGGUCAGAUCACAUGUUUACCGGGACAAAGACCAUGUAGAGACAGAAACGCGUAUGUGUUCUGGGACGCGUUUCACCCAACUGAAGCUGCAAACAUUGUUAUCGCGAGGAGGUCGUACAAGGCAGAGUCGCCUUCAGACGCUUAUCCUACUGAUAUCGCAGGGCUGGCACGGCUUUGAAGAAAGUCAGAAAAAAAAAAAGAAACUAAAUGAAGUUCCACAAACUAAUGUGAUCUUCUCGUUUAUCGUCAUUUCAUAUGUUAUCUUUUUGUCAUAAAUUCGAAAAUCAAGCAUUUCUAUAUAUAUAUAUAUAUAACCCGGUUCAUAGCA